UUGGCAAGAUAAUCCAUCCACCUGACAGGUGUGGUAUAUCAAGAAGCUGAUUAAACACCUUCAUUAUUGCACAGGUGCACCUUGUGCUGGGCAAAUAAAAGGCCACUCUAAAAUUGGCAAUUAUGUCACACAACACAAUGACAUAGAUGUUUCAAGUUUUGAGGGAGUGGGCAAUUGGCAUGAUGAUUGCAGAAAUGUCUACAAGAGCUGUUGCCAGAAAAUGUAAUGUUAAUUUCCCUUAGAUCAUUAUCAUAAUAAUAGCCUUUCUUUACUUAAUCAAAUACGUGGUUUGUCGAUGUGCACAUUCUGUGUUUCAUCAAUGGCUGUGUGCACACGCUUGAACAUACAUAUGUGUGUGUGUCAUUGGAAAAAUAACCUUUUAUGUUUGUGGUUGUGGCACUUCCUUGGGAAACUCUGAUGAAAACUCAAUCAAUUUAUCACACUCCUUAUGUAGUAGAUGACAUUACAUUAUGUCUUACAAUCAACGGCAAUUGAUACAUCAAACGGGUCCAGAGGUGUAAUCAUUACAAUUGCGUUUCUAUUGGACAGGUUCAGCAAACAGGGAGGGACGUAGAAACAAUAGUUUUCGUUGUAACACAGAACAUUUUGUAACUGUACAAAUGAUUGCACCCCUGGUAUGUGUGUCUCCAUGUACUGCUAGAUUAGGAACUCAGUCAUAACGUGGGGGAGGCCUCAUUCAUUGUUCUUCAAAAGAUGAGUCACAGGACACACUUCAGCACACUGUUUUCUACAAGGUGACAUAAACACACAUUUUCCUUUACAUCUUAUUCAUCAUAAUGAUGUCAUCAAGGUUGUUUUUUAAACUAUAAAGGCUGUAGCAAUGCAGCAGUUUAGCAGAGUUUGGAGGUGCACCAUUACUGAAUACUGAGCUUUCAGAGGAGUUCAGCUACAAUAUCAUUUUUGGGGGAAACAGUUUCAAAGAUGAACAGAAAUAUUCUCACAGUCCUUCUGAUUGUUGCAUCAGGGAAUGCCCAAAGCCCAACAACUAAUGCCCCCACAACAACCACAGCUCCUGCAACCACAACCAUAGCUGCCGCCACGACCACCAGAGCAGGCAUAACAACUACCACAUUUGCUGCCACAACGACCACAGCUGCUUUGACUACAACCACAGCUGUAGCCAUGACAACCACAGCUGCUCCAACUACAACCAAUGCUGAUGCCACAACAACCACAGAUGCUGCAACAAAAACCACAGCUGCACCAAUUAGAACCACAGCAGAUGCAACCAUGACAACAGCUGCUGCCACCACAACCACAGCUGUUAAAACUAUAACCAUCACAGCAGCCAACACAACCACAGCAGGUACCCCAGCAGCUGCCACGACAACCACAGCUUCUCCAACAACAACCACUACAACCAAAUCUGCCACCACGACCACCACAGCUGGCAUAACAACUAACAAGUUUGCUGCUAAAACAACCACAACAACCACAGCUGUACCUACCACAACUUCAGCUGAAUCCAAGACAACCACAGCUGCUCCAACUACAACGACUACAGCAGCCACGACAGCCACAGCUGCUGCCACGACAACCACAGCAGCUGCCACAACAACCACAGCUGCUCCGAAUAUAACCAAAGCUGCUGACACAACAACCACAGAUGCUGUCACAAAAACUACGGCUGCUCCAACCACAAACACAGCAGACGCAACCACAACUACAGCUGCCGCCACGACCACCAGAGAAGGCAUGACAAAUACCACAUUUGCUGCCACAACAACCACAGCUACUUUGACUACAACCACUGAUGUACCAACUACAACUACAGCUGCAGCCACAACAACCACAGCUUCUCCAACUACAACUACUGCAGCAGCCACAACAACCACAUCUGCUGCCAAGACAUCCACAGCUGAUGUUACAACAACCACAGCGGCUGCCACACCAAACACAGCUUCUGACACAACAACCACAGCUGCAGGCAUAACAACCACAGCUGCUGCCAUGACAACCACAGCAGCUGCCACAACAAACACAGCUGCUCCGAAUAUAACCAAAGUUGCUGCCACAACAACCACAGAUGCUGUCACAAAAACCACAGCUGCUCCAACUACAAACACAGCAGACGCAACCACAACCACAGCUGCCGCCACGACCACCAGAGAAGGCAUAACAACUACCACAUUUGCUGCCACAAUGACCACAGCUGCUUUGACUACAACCACAGCCCAAUCAACCACAACUACAGCUGCAAUCACAGCAGAUGCAAAAACGACAAGAGCUGCUGCCACAACACCAACAGCUGUUAAAACGACAACCACAGCUUCUCCAACUACAACUACUGCAGCAGCCACAACAACCACAUCUGCUGCCAAGACAACCACAGCUGCUGUUACAACAACCACAGCGGCUGUCACACCAACCACAGCUUCUGCCACAACAACCACAGCUGCAGCCACGAAAAUCGCAGCUGCUGCCAUGACAACCACAGCGGCUGCCACAACAACCACAGCUGCUCCGAAUAUAACAAAAGCUGCUGCCACAACAACCACAGAUGCUGCAACAAAAACCACAGCUGCACCAAUUAGAACCACAGCAGAUGCAACCAUGACAACAGCUGCUGCCACCACAACCACAGCUGUUAAAACUAUAACCAUCACAGCAGCCAACACAACCACAGCAGGUACCCCAGCAGCUGCCACGACAACCACAGCUUCUCCAACAACAACCACUACAACCAAAUCUGCCACCACGACCACCACAGCUGGCAUAACAACUAACAAGUUUGCUGCUAAAACAACCACAACAACCACAGCUGUACCUACCACAACUUCAGCUGAAUCCAAGACAACCACAGCUGCUCCAACUACAACGACUACAGCAGCCACGACAGCCACAGCUGCUGCCACGACAACCACAGCAGCUGCCACAACAACCACAGCUGCUCCGAAUAUAACCAAAGCUGCUGACACAACAACCACAGAUGCUGUCACAAAAACUACGGCUGCUCCAACCACAAACACAGCAGACGCAACCACAACUACAGCUGCAGCCACGACCACCAGAGAAGGCAUGACAAAUACCACAUUUGCUGCCACAACAAACACAGCUACUUUGACUACAACCACUGAUGUACCAACUACAACUACAGCUGCAGCCACAACAACCACAGCUUCUCCAACUACAACUACUGCAGCAGCCACAACAACCACAUCUGCUGCCAAGACAUCCACAGCUGAUGUUACAACAACCACAGCGGCUGCCACACCAAACACAGCUUCUGACACAACAACCACAGCUGCAGGCAUAACAACCACAGCUGCUGCCACAACAACCACAGCUGCUCCGAAUAUAACCAAAGCUGCUGACACAACAACCACAGAUGCUGUCACAAAAACUACGGCUGCUCCAACCACAAACACAGCAGACGCAACCACAACUACAGCUGCCGCCACGACCACCAGAGAAGGCAUGACAAAUACCACAUUUGCUGCCACAACAACCACAGCUACUUUGACUACAACCACUGAUGUACCAACUACAACUACAGCUGCAGCCACGACAACCACAUCUGCUGCCAAGACAACCACAGCUGCUGUUACAUCAACCACAGCGGCUGCCACAACAACCACAGCUUCUGACACAACAACCACAGCUGCAGGCAUAACAACCACAGCUGCUGCCAUGACAACCACAGCAGCUGCCACAACAACCACAGCUGCUCCGAAUAUAACCAAAGUUGCUGCCACAACAACCACAGAUGCUGUCACAAAAACCACAGCUGCUCCAACGACAAACACAGCAGACGCAACCACAACCACAGCUGCCGCCACGACAACCAGAGAAGGCAUAACAACUACCACAUUUGCUGCCACAAUGACCACAGCUGGUUUGACUACAACCACAGCCCAAUCAACCACAACUACAGCUUCAAUCACAGCAGAUGCAACAACGACAACAGCUGCUGCCACAACACCAACAGCUGUUAAAAUGACAACCACAGCUUCUCCAACUACAACUACUGCAGCAGCCACAACAACCACAGCUACUGUUACAACAACCACAGCGGCUGCCACACCAACCACAGCUUCUGAUACAACAUCCACAGCUGCAGUCACGAAAAUCGCAGCUGCUGCCAUGACAACCACAGCGGCUGCCACGACAACCACAGCUGCUCCGAAUAUAACAAAAGCUGCUGCCACAACAACCACAGAUGCUGCAACAAAAACCACAGCUGCACCAAUUAGAACCACAGCAGAUGCAACCAUGACAACAGCUGCUGCCACCACAACCACAGCUGUUAAAACUAUAACCAUCACAGCAGCCAACACAACCACAGCAGGUACGCUAGCAGCUGCCACGACAACCACAGCUUCUCCAACAACAGCCACUACAACCAAAUCUGCCACCACGACCACCACAGCUGGCAUAACAACUAACAAGUUUGCUGCUAAAACAACCACAACAACCACAGCUGUACCUACAACAACUUCAGCUGAAUCCAAGACAACCACAGCUGCUCCAACUACAACGGCUACAGCAGCCACGACAGCCACAGCUGCUGCCACAACAACCACAGCUUCUCCGAAUAUAACCAAAGCUGCUGCCACAACAAACACAGAUGCUGUCACAAAAACUACGGCUGCUCCAACCACAAACACAGCAGACGCAACCACAACUACAGCUGCCGUCACGACCACCAGAGAAGGCAUGACAAAUACCACAUUUGCUGCCACAACAACCACAGCUGCUUUGACUACAACCACUGAUGUACCAACUACAACUACAGCUGCAGCUGCAAUCACAGCAGAUGCAACAACGACAUCUGCUGCCAAGACAACCACAGCUGCUGUUACAACAACCACAGCGGCUGCCAAACCAACCACAGCUUCUGCCACAACAACCACAGCUGCAGCCACGAAAAUCGCAGCUGCUGCCACGACAACCACAGCUGCCGCCACGACAACCAGAGAAGGCAUAACAACUACCACAUUUGCUGCCACAACGACCACAGCUGCUUUGACUACAACCACAGCUGGACCAACUACAACUACAACUACAGCUGCAAUCACAGCAGAUGCAACAACGACAACAGCUGCUGCCACAACACCAACAGCUGUUAAAACCACAACCACCGCAGCAGCCAACACAACCACAACAGCUACCCCAGCAGCUGCCACAUCAACAACAGGUGCUCCAACUACAACCACAGCUUCUCCAACAACAACCGCAGAUGCUUCCACUACAACCACAGCUGCCAGCACGACCAACACAGCUGGAAUAACAACUACCACAGUUGCUGCUUUGACGACAACCACAGCUGCUCCAACCACAACUACUGCAGCAUCCACGACAACCACAGCGGCUGUCACAACAACCAAAGCUUCUCCGACUAUAACCAAAGCUGCUGCUACUACAACCACGAAUGCUGCCACAACAACCACGAAUGCUGCCACAACAACCACAGAUGCUGUCACAACAACCACUGCUGCUCCAACUACAAACACAGCAGACGCAACCACAACCACAGCUGCAACCACAACCACAGCUGCCGGCAUAACAACUACCAAAUUUGCUGCCACAACGACCACAGCUGCUUUGACUAUAACCACAGAUGUACCCACUACAACUACAGUUGCAGCCACGAAAACCACAGCUGCUCCAACUACAACUACUGCAGCAGCUCCUGCCACGACAACCACAGCUGCUGCCACAACAACCACAGCUGCUGCCACAACAAACGCAAAUGCUGCCACAACAACCACAGAUGCUGUCACAACAACCACAGCUGCUCCAACUACAACCAAAGCUGCUGCCACAAAAACCAUAGAUGUUGUCACAACCACCACAGCUGCUCCAACUACAACCACAGCAGAUGCAACGAUGACAACAGCUGCUACCUCGACAACCACAGCUGUUAAAACUACAACCACCGCAGCAGCAAACACAACCACAGCAGCUACCCCAGUAGCUGCCACAAUAACCACAGGUGCUGCAACUACAACCACAGCUUCUCCAACAACAACCACAGCUGCUUCCACUAUAACCAAAGUUGCCAAAACGACCACCACAGCUGGCAUAACAACUAUCACAGUUGCUGGCACAUCAUCCACAGCUGCUUUGACUACAACCACAGCUCUACCAACCACAACUUCAGCUGAAGCCAAGACAACCACAGCUGCUCCAAAUGAAACUACUGCAGCAGCCACGACAAUCACAGCUGCUGCCACGACAACCACAGCUGUUCAAUCUACAACCACCGGAGCAGCCACAACAUCCACAGCAGCAACUACAGCAGCUGCUACCAUGACAAACAUUGCUGCAGCCACGACAACCACAGCUGUUGCCAUGACAACCAUAGCAGCUGCUACCACUAACACAGUUGAUUCCACAAAUAUCGUCACAACAACCAGAGCUAUCACCACAACAACCACAGCUGCUACCACAACGACCACAGCAGAUGCUCCGACAAACACAGCUGCUCCAACUUCAACCACAGAUGCCCCCUUAACAGCCACAGCCACCACAACCACAGCUACUGCCACGGCCACCACAGCUGGCAUCACGUCUACCACAAAUGCUCUCAUAACAACCACAGCUGCUGUCAUAUCAACCAUAGCUGAUGCCACAACAACCACAGCUGCUCCAUCUACAACCACUGCAGACGCAACCACAACCACUGCUGCUGCCACAACAACUGCAGCUGUUCAAACUGCAACAACUAGAGCAGCCAACACAACCACAGCAGCUACUACAGCAGCUACUACAGCAGCUACCACAACAACCACAGCUGCUUCCACUACAUCCACAGCUGCUACCAUGACAAACAUUGCUGCUGCCAUGACAACCACAGCUGCUGCAACUACAACCACAGCUGCCACCAUCACCUCUGCUGCCUCAAUGACCACAGCUGCUUCGACUACAAUCACAGCCUCUGCAAUGACAACCACAGCUGCACCAACUUCAUCCACAGCUGCUCUCGCAACAAGCACAGCUGUUUCCACAAACACCACCGCUGCUCCUACAACAACCACAGCUGCACAAACAACAACCAAAAUUGCUCCAACAAUCAACACAGCCGCUGCAACCACAACAACAGACUCAACAGCGGCACCGACAGCAAAUGAGGGGUCACUGGGAUUAGGAUUCAGAAUGAUCCGUACAUUCCUAAGUGACUAUUCUGACUCUUCCACAACAACAUAUCAGGAACUGGUGGAAAACGUUACCAGAGAGGUGAAUCGUGGUUACAAAAUAAUUUACCCUUUAACAUACCUUAGGUGUAGGAUUAUUAAAUUCACGAGUGGCUCAAUUAUUGUCAACAUGACCCUUAUUUUCAAGAACCAGACAGUGGUUCCCAAUGCAACGAGUGCAGAGCAGGGAUUGACUGACUCUCUGUCUCACGGGAACACCUUCCUCGACAUUGACACAACCUCCAUUACUGCAAGGACAACAACUACAACUACAACUGCCACAACUACCACAGCCACCACAACAACCACAGCCGCCCCCACAACAACAACAAGAACAACAACAACAACAGCUGGUCCUACAGCAAACACAGCUGCUUCAACAACAUUAGUUGUUGCAACAACCACAGCUUCUGCCUCCAGUGGAAUAAGCUACAAGAUAAGUUUACUCACAAUCUGUCUGGUUGUAUUGUCACAACUGUUUCCCUAAUACUCAUAGACUGAUAACCACAGUGACAGGGCAACUUACCAGAAAAUCUAAUCAUGUUUAAUAUGAUCAUAUAAUUAUAUAAUAUUCUUUGUUAUUUAUUAUCCACAAAUGUACAGGGUAAACAUGAAUUGCUAUGGACAACAGGAGAGCAUUGAGCAGCUUGUUGACAAAGCAAAAAACAACAGCAGUAUUGACAAUUAAAGUCUGUGAAUCUGGGUAGUUAUCAUACUACUUAUUGCACUACCUUCAUAUUUAACAUUGUGUAUAUGUAACAUUUAUUGUAACUGAAAUGUGUAUUUAUACUGUUUUGUAUUUCAGUAUUAUCCACACUUUGAAAGAAGAAAAUGCUGGUUUCAUUUUCUGUAACGUAUUCAUUAAGAAAUUCAAUUCAAUGCAAUCCAUUACCUGAAAAGACAUUCACAUCCCUUUAAAAAUUACCAACAUAAAGAAAUAAUAAUAAUUAUAUCAAUUAUUGUUUGCCAACUGAAUCUCCAGUAUGUUAUGCCUUGUUCACAGAGCACAAAUAUCAAUUUAUUUCUAUGGAAAAAAUGGUUGAAAAAGGGUUCUACCGUUGUCCCCAUAGGAUAACCGUUUUUUGGUUCCAGGUAGAACUAUUUUUAUGUUCCAUGUAGAAAACUGUGGAAAGGGUUCCACAUGGAACUCAACAGGGUUAUUUAUACCUCAAACUGAAAGGUUUCUUCAAAGGGUUUUUCUAUGGGGAACACUUAGGUUCUAGACAGCACCUUUCUGUAUGUACAAAUGCAAUUUUUAUGAGCAACCUUUGAUGGAAAUGUUUCUGUGUGUAUGUUAAGUAAUUUUGUAUCAAUGUUCAUAAAUUCCAAUUAUCUUUAUCGGUCUGAUACCCAGAGGUUAUAAAGUUCUGGUCUUAAAUAAAACAGACAGAAUUCCCAGCUCACAAUCAAUCAGAUCCAGAUUUAUUUGCGAGAGCUCUCAAGUUUUCACAAAUACAUUCCCUUUACCAUCCUAACCUACGCACAUACAUACACACCAACAUAGGGAUUUUCUCAUGAGUCUCAUCACAGUUUAUAAACCCUCAGCUGACAGUUCCAGGCUCUCCCAGACACUAGAACUCUGGAGGAGCUCUCCCUGUCCUCUCUUAUCUCCACAUACAUUCUUUUCUUCCUAGGUACAUGCCAUAUAACCCCUUCCUGAUGAACAAACAUUAUUUAACACUACAAGAAAGACAGGGUAUUCUUCUUGCCAGUUAUAGUGCCAUAAACCUCUUUUAGUCAUUAUUGAUUUAAAAAAUCCCAUAACAGUGUAUGACUGCACAGAGGAAACCACACUGUCACUCAUAAGCAAUUUGGCAGUAUGCCCAGAACAUUGCUCUGGGAACUAGAAGGAGUGUCAAGGUAAAAAGCCUGGUGUGGUGUUAGGCACAUACAGGAACCAACCAUGCUGAUAACUUGUAUGUGUAGCAGUAUAACCUCCCUU